UUUCUGAAUUUGGAAAUGUUCAUUCCAUUGUUCAAGAUCUACAAAAGUGCAGAGGGGAGACUCUUCUCAUCACAACUAGCAAUUGAUAGGAGAGGAAAACAACAACCAGAUUUAUGGUGGGAGAAUUAUGGUGCCGGCACGCCUAAUCUUCAAAAGAUAGCUAUCCGUGUUUUGUCUCAGCCAUGCAGUGCUUCUGGGUGUGAACGAAAUUGGAGUGUCUUUGAAAGCAUUCACACAAAGAAGAGAAAUAGAUUGUCACAAAAGCGGCUCAAUGAUCUAGUAUUUGUUCGGUACAACCUUCGCCUUCGAGUUAGACAGGUGGAGGGUGUUUCACAUGAGGCCAUUGACUUGGAUGAAAUUGAUCCAUAUGGUGAUUGGACCAUGAAUGAACAAAAUGAUGGUGAUGAUGUCCUCCUUACCGAAGAAGAAAUUGCAGAAAUAGAGAGAGGAGCAGCACAAGAUGCAGAAGGAGCAAGAUUGGAUGAAGAUGAGGACGAAGAUGAGGAUGAUGAUGAGGACUAUGACUUUGAAGAAGACUCAUCUCACCAUUUAGAUACCACAACACCCACUGCUACUACUUCUAGCUCAAGGCCUGAAAAAUUGAGCUAUAUUAGGAAAAAUACAAAGAGGAAGAUGUAGUCUUCUCUUUGGUUUGUUCAUUCACAUUGCUGUUUUUCACAUUUGCAGUUGGACUUGGACAUAUCAUUAUAUGUAAUUUUGUGAACAUUUAUAUACUUAUGCUGCCAUUAUAGUAUUAUACAUUUUAGAGUUGAAACUUGAAACUUGAAUAUGCUGCCAUGAAUGAUGAAAUUUCAAAUA